AAUUAUCUAAAACCGAAGUGAGCCGAGUCGGGUUCGAAAGACUGCUUCCAUGAAGCCAAAACUGAUAAUCGGUCCAAUAAUAACUCGAAGCUGACUACUCUUUUAUUUUGUCUCUCUGUUGAUGCGCAAACGCGAAGAUUAUCUUCUCAGUUACUACUACUGGAAUUAAAAGCUUAGAAGAACUUGAAACAUGGAGUCUCUAUCUCUUCCUGUUCUAAAUCCUCUAUUAGCUUCUAGUUCUAAUCUGUUCAGAAACCAGAGCUCGAGGAUGACCUCUUCAAUGGUAUCUUCACUUAAACCCCCCUUUGGAGGCACAUCCCUUUCCACUGUUCACCGCUUUAGAGUAGGAGAUGUUAGGAUGCAAGCUGUUGAUGAAGAUAUUGAUCUGAAGCAAAUGAGAGACAUGGCUGCUGCUAAAAAGCGUUGGGAUGGUUUGUUAAGGGAAGGAAAAGUGAAGCUUCUUACACCAAGAGAAGCAGGGUAUGCUAUUUCUCUUUCAAACAAACCUCUACUCGAUGUCCGCCCCUCUAGCGAGCGCAACAAGGCAUGGGUUAAAGGCUCCACCUGGGUUCCUAUCUUCGACAAUGAUGACAACCUUGACGCUGGAACUCUUUCCAAAAAAGUCACUAGUUUUGCUAUGGGGGGAUGGUGGAGUGGAGCACCUACAUUAUCUUUUAAUAGGCUCUUCUUGUCAAAGGUUGAGGAGAAAUUCCCAAAAGACUCAGAGCUGAUUGUUGCUUGCCAAAAAGGAUUGAGAUCCUUAGCUGCUUGUGAGCUACUAUAUAAUGCAGGGUAUGAGAAUCUGUUCUGGGUACAAGGUGGUUUAGAAUCUGCUCAAGACGAGGAUCUAGUGACAGAAGGUGUUCAACCCUUGAAGCUUGCUGGGAUUGGAGGUUUUUCAGAGUUCCUUGGUUGGACAGACCAGCAAAGAGCUCAAGCUGCGAAAGAAGGUUGGAGGUACCGUUUAGUAUAUACUGCUCGUCUGUUUGGAGUUGUUCUGGCUGCUGAUGCCUUGUUCGUUGGUGCUCAGCAACUAGGCCAUUAUAUUCAGGAGUUAAGAGGCCAUUAGUACCUCUCUUUAACCUAGCUCCAAGUGGCUAUAUUUCUAUUCAAAAAAAAGAAACAAAAUGUAAAUUCUGUUGAAAAGUUUUGGAAGGUAGAGUAGUUGAAAUAGUUAAAAAAGACAUCUUUGAAUCCUUGAAA